UGUAACCUGUGACUGAUUUUCUAACCUGAAUACUCGUUAACUUUAGAUAGAUUAAUAUCUCGGUCCGCGGAGCAGAGUGACAUUUAUUUCUGCCAGAUUUUUUCGUUUCAUACAUACGUAAAAUCAAAUUAAUGUUCCAAUAUACGAGAAAAAUUCUAGUGCCUAGGCGAUGAUGCGAAUGCGAUAUCUGGUUUAUGGCUAUCACUUUAGUUAAUGUGUAAUUGAACUAACCUAGUCCUAUAUUCUUAUAUAGAAAAAUUUGUAACUAUAUUGAAGAUGAAAAUGCAUUUGGCAUAUUGUACAACGAUAACGAUAUUGAUUUCUUUUUUGAUGUCAUGCCAUAUGUUGGAGAUAGCAGAUAACUUUGUGAAAACUGAACAUUCGAAUAAUUGGGCUGUUUUGGUCGAUACAUCGCGUUUCUGGUUCAACUAUCGACAUGUUGCUAAUGUUUUAUCUAUUUACCGAAGUGUCAAACGUUUAGGAAUACCAGAUUCGCAAAUCAUUCUGAUGAUAGCCGACGAUAUGGCGUGCAAUCCUAGGAAUCCUAGACCAGCGACUGUUUUUAACAACAUUAAACAGCAUAUUAAUGUUUAUGGCGAUGAUGUAGAAGUCGACUAUAGAGGUUAUGAAGUAACUGUAGAAAAUUUUGUAAGGCUACUAACCGGACGCUUAGCUCAGGGAACCCCAAGAUCGAAAAAGCUAUUAACAGAUGAAGGUUCAAACAUUUUAAUUUAUUUAACUGGCCAUGGUGGUAAUGGAUUUUUAAAGUUCCAAGAUUCUGAAGAAAUCACCAGUCAAGAGUUAGGUGAUGCAUUAGAACAAAUGUGGCAAAAACGGAGAUACCACGAAAUUUUAUUUGUAGUUGACACUUGUCAAGCGAGUUCCAUGUACGAGAAAUUUUAUUCUCCAAACAUAUUAGCAGUUGCUUCUAGUUUAGUGGGAGAAGAUUCACUUUCUCAUCAUGUAGAUCCAGCCAUUGGUGUUUAUAUUAUAGAUCGAUACACUUAUUAUGCAUUAAAUUUUUUGGAGAAAGUAGAACCAUCUAGCACUAAAACAUUAGGUGAAUUUUUGAAAGUAUGUCCGAGAGAUUAUUGUCUAUCAACAGUGGGUGUAAGAAGAGAUUUGUUUAGAAGGGAUCCAGAUAAAGUACCGGUAACAGAUUUUUUUGGUUCACUUAGGCCUGUAGAACUUACGACAAACAUAAUGAAUAUUUUACCUCUUAAAUCUAAUUGUACGAAAACUCAGGAAUUUGAAAAAAAAUAUAAUUAUGUUGCACAGUUUCCAGAAAUAAUAUCUCGGUAUACAUAAGUAAAAGCAAUAAAUGGGAUACUUUUUACAAUACAUUGUUUAUGUAACUUUAAUUUAUUGAAAAGGUUGUGUGGAAGAUGAUAAAUUAGGGCAAAAUGACAGCUGCAUAUGUUCCUAGCAUAAGAUUGUUUAAAUUAAUUAAAAGCGUUAUAUAAAUCAAUAUAGCAAUUUUAUGCUGGAUGUCUAUCAACCCAGAUAUAUGUCACGUAUAAGCAGCUAUGUUAUGUUCUAUGCAUUUUGUGCUAUAACACUUGGAUGGUGCAAU